UUGCAGAUCCUCAUAUCUACGUGCUGCAUCCAGAGGCCAAGCUCAGAAAACCGUCAUCACUGCCAUGUGGGCCUUUGCUGUUUCCAUUGUCUGCCUCUGUAUGGGAAGCACAGCUGCUGAGCAAACAGGGAAUUAUGAAGACUGUUACUACAUCACUCCAACCAUCAUGCUUGGAAUUGUCGCUGCAGAUCUUUUUCUCACCAUGCUCCUCCUCAUCCCUGUGUAUUACUGCAUUCGCCCGAAAGGCAGAAAACAGAGUGACAUGGAUGAAAAGAACAAUUACAUCAACAUGAUUGGAAAACAUACAUGAAAUCCCUUCUCAUCCAUCUCUCAUCAGCAGCAUCUACACUAGACGCAACCAAACCCAGCACUUCUUAUAUCACAGAAUGAUGUGUGGUGGGAGGGAUUCAGUGGGGGGCACCAGGUCACCUGAAGCCUGACAUUUUGGGGGUUUUCCAGCUGGGAAAGAGGAGGAGAAUGGCUGUGGUUUUGGAGAGUUGAAGGCUGGCUCAAUGGACCCUUUAGUUCUCGUCUUUCCUUGAUCCCGAUUUGGCAAAAUUGGCUCUUGCUAUCUAGGCCAAUCAGCCUGCUUGUGCCUGGCUGCUGGUCUACAACUCCUAUCACAAUGGCUGUGGAUGAUGGGAGUUGCAGUCCAAUGACACCUGUAAAAUGCAAUAGCAGUGGGUUAUAGCCAAUGUUAGUCUAACUGAUAUCCCAUUCAUUUCUGCUCUGUUGGACUGAUUGGUUACAACCCAGUAGAAAUACUAGUGGUACGGACGCCGGUAUAUGGAUUCCAAUUUGGCAUCCCUUGACAUAUUUACUGCUGACAUGAUGUGGGGAGUGGUUGAGGGGGAGCUGAGCAAAUUCCUGUCUGGGAAUGCUGAUGGCAGAACCUAGUAACAAUUAGUUUGCUAGUGAAAAGCCUCAUCUUCUUAUAGGAAAAUAUGGGUUAACAGACAAUAGAACCAGCCAACUUUGCCAAAACUGGUCAAUCUUUGAAGAUUCUCCUUCUGCCUUUUAAUCAAAUAAUUGCUUGUGUGUAAAACAUAAACUGACUUGUGAUUUGCUUCCUUUCAAAUGUACAAAUGUAACCAGUUGAGUCGUAAAACUGACCUCUGUGAUUUCUAUCACAAAAAUGUCCAAUAAAUCCU